AGCAGCCAUGCACAUUGUUCUCUGUGUCCAGCUCUGCUUGGUGCACUGAUGAGCAUUUGGGGCAGAGAUGACGGGAGAGUUGUGGAUAUGUGUGUGUGUUUAUGAUAUAACGUAGCCAGUACUUUGUUGAAAGAAAGCCCCUUUUUGAAGAUCCGUGUUUUACUGGAGGUUCUCUCCAUGGAGGAUUGUGUGAGAACCUGAAAGGUGUACAGAAACAUCACUUCCCAGAAUGCAGUGGUGCCAGUGGGCGGAGGGUUGGAGGAAGCAGUCUUACCUGCCAGGAAAGUCCACAGGGUCUGGGCAAGACGAUGCCUUCGACUUCCUGUUCAAGAUCAUCCUUAUUGGAGACUCCAACGUGGGAAAAACAUGCGUGGUCCAGAACUUCAAGACUGGGGUCUUUACCGAAAAACAGCAGAACACCAUUGGAGUGGACUUCACUGUUCGGACCUUGGACAUUGAGGGAAAGAAGGUUAAGAUGCAGGUGUGGGACACGGCGGGGCAGGAGCGGUUCCGCACCAUCACCCAGAGCUACUACCGCAGCGCCCACGGCGCCAUGAUCACCUACGACCUGACCCGCCGCGGCACCUUCGACUCCGUCAGGCACUGGAUCCGCGAGGUGCAGCAGUACGGCGCCACCAGCGUGGUGCUCAUACUCAUCGGGAACAAGGCCGACCUGGAGUCCGAGCGGCAGGUGCUUUUCGAGGACGCGUGCAACCUGGCCGAGGAGCGGGGGGUGCUGGCGGCCCUGGAGACGUCCGCCAAGGAGUCCCAGAACGUGGAGGAGGCCUUCAUGCUGAUGGCCCGGGAGCUGAUGGCCAGGAACGGCAUGAUGGUCCAACAUCAGCCGGGGUCCCAUGACCACGUCCUCCUGCGCACCAACUCCCGCCCCAUUAACAGCCCGGGGCCUUCGGAGAAGAAGUCAUGUGACUGCUGAGACGCCGGGGAGGGGAAGGGAGCAGGGGAGAGACCAGGGGUGUGGGGAGCGCUGGCCAGAAUGAGCCCUUCUGUGACUGUCCUGCAGCGGCUGACACUUCACCCUCGCCCGGUGUCGCUGCUUUGACGCAAAAAAUGGCCCAGCCCUCAAGUUGGGCUCCAGUGUGGGUCACGUGACUUUAAGAAUGCAACUGAUAGUGAUAUGAAAGGGGAAAAGAAAGGUGUCAUUCAAAGCCUGCUCGAGUUGUUGCAAUUACAAGAGCAGAAAGUACUGUAAAACUCAGCUCCUUUACCGCAAGUGCAAGCCAUUACUUUUGUGUAUUUUAUUUUAAGCUGUGAACACGGAAACUGCCGCUCCUGUGUUAUUUUAAAGUCACCCCGUGCUUUAAAGGUGACAUUGUCCCUUUGGCUCAAUGCCGUUUUGCCGACUGCACAUGAUCACAGCCCUAGUGACAAGCCGGGUAUCACACACACACAGUAGGAGAAAACGUGGAAUGUGUGUUACUAAGAGCGGCAAGAUGGAAGAAGUCCUCCCACUGACAGGACUAUUGGUUGCAUGUUCCGUUCUGUCUGAACGACUGUUACUCUCUCAGUGCCAGAUGUGUACUUAUGUGUUACGCUUUACUUACUAACAGAAACCGUUUCAAUGCCUUUAUUUUAGACUGGGUGUGGAUUCCUCUCAUAUUCUCUCCCCCCCCCAUUAUUGUAUGCCCUUCGUGAUGAUUUGUGCAGACAGAUUCACAAUAACACUGGAACUGUGUCCAGUCAAAAACAUUUUUUGGUUACACAAUUUUGGUUAUUUAUUUGUGCUGUAGACUACAUCCACAUGGCCAUAUCACAACAUUGUUCAUUUGCAAUAAAUACAUGACAAUGA